UCACCUCGCCGGCCGGCCCGCCGCCGAGAUGGGGACGCAGCGCUGUCUGGAAGGACGGGGCAGACACGCGUCCCGGAGAUUGGUCAUCCCGCGGGGGGCCUUGGUUGUGGACACAAGUGCAAGUCCAUUGGAAAAGUCACCAGCAAUCCCAUGACAGUUCAACAGCUGGGACCUCUUUCACCUUCAGUGAAUCAUCUUUCAGCACCAUGCAGCCGGUUCAGCCCUAGCUUACAGAGGCCUAUGGAUGCUUCCAGCCUGACUGCUUCUCCCUCAGACACAAGGUCGCUCUUGACAUGUGAGUCUCUGGCCUCUACAACGUUAAGCUUUUCAGAAGGUCACUCCCCUCUGGGUGCUGAGCAAGAGUGGUCACAUAGGUACAGGACACUUCCUUCUGUUCCUCCUGACCAUGGUUUACAAAAUGGCAGUGACCUGGGGGACUUAAUAAGUUUUUCGCCCGAAGCAUCUAUGUCCAGUAACUCAUUACCGUCCUACUUAUAUGGCAUGGAAAAUAAGAGCACCCCUUACUCUAGUCCUUGCCAGUCCUCGGUCUGGUCUCCAUCAGCCCGCUCCAAAAGGAAAGCGCUCUCUCUGUCUCCUCUGUCUGACGGCAUCGGGAUCGAGUUCAACACGAUCAUUCGCACAUCCCCAACCUCUCUGGUGGCCUACGUCAACAGCUCCAGGGCGUCGCCAGCAAACAUCUCCCCACAGCCUGAGGUCUAUGGGCAUUUUUUGGGAGUGAGAGGAAGCUGUAUACCCCAGAACUGCUCUGUUUCAGCUGCCCAGAAAGGCUUCCACAUGGCGAACGGCAGCGUCGCUUUCCCAGGGUACGUUGAGAACGGCACAGGUGAGUACCAGCGGAUGCAGCAGCUGGAGCAAGCCAGCUUGCAGAUGGUUGCCGCCAACAACAUGGUGAUCCAGCAGGGCGUGCUGCCCGUGGACAGCCAGGACGCGAUGGACAUCCUCAAAAACGAACAGCUGGAUGGCUUCUCAAGCCCUAUUGUUGACGUGCCUCUUUCGCCCCUGGUGCUGCCGCCGCCGCCACCACCACCUCCUCCGCAGGGGCCGCCCCCGCCGUACCACGCUCACCAGCAUCCCCACGGCCUCCCCGGCCAUGGCCACCCGCUGCCGGUGCUGCCUCCCGCCCCGGGAGCGCUGCUGGAGGAAGGUGGCGAGCUGGAUGACUUCAGCGGCAAGCACGGCUGUUGCUGGGUUGACUGCGGGAAGAUGUACGACCAUCAGGAGGAGCUUGUGAGGCACAUAGAGAAGAUCCACAUAGACCAGAGGAAGGGAGAGGACUUCACCUGCUUCUGGGCGGGGUGCCCUCGAAGGUUCAAGCCGUUUAAUGCCCGUUACAAACUGCUGAUUCACAUGAGAGUCCACUCAGGAGAGAAGCCGAACAAAUGCACGUUUGAGGGUUGCAAGAAAGCCUUUUCCAGGCUAGAAAAUCUCAAGAUUCACUUAAGGAGCCAUACGGGUGAAAAGCCGUACCUUUGCCAGCACCCUGGCUGCCAGAAAGCGUUCAGCAACUCCAGCGACCGCGCCAAGCACCAGAGGACACACUUGGACACUAAACCUUACGCAUGUGAGAUUCCAGGAUGUACUAAGCGAUACACAGAUCCAAGUUCCCUGAGAAAACAUGUGAAAGCCCAUUCUUCCAAAGAUCAACAAGUCAGGAAAAAGUUGCGAUCAAGCUCAGAGAUUGGCCAGGACAUCCUGAAUGACUGCCUUGCAAUCCAGUCCCUCCAGCCAGCCCUGUCACCACAGGAUGCUGUAGAUAAUACCAUAGGACGCUCCCCAGGGCCUGCUUGUGAUCUUUACCCAGCAGCUGUGAUCCCCAGCACGCAGAUAAAUCAAAGUGGAACAGCAGCUGGGGCAGUGUCCUUGUCCCACACCAGCAGCCACUCUUCCCCAGGACAUAACCUCCAGGGCAGCCCUCUGCAUCCUGCCCAGAUACCUCUUCUCGCUGCUGCAGACCCAGAGAGGUUUGUUGCUCCAGCUCCUUCUCCUCAUCACAUCAGCCCCCAGAGAAUGUCCAUUCAACAUCCCAUUCUGCAGAGACAGACUCCACAACCUCCUCAGCUUCCACAGCUUGCAGGGAUGCCUCUGAAGACAUACCAGCCAGCAGAAAGCCCUUCUUUGCAGCCAAAUGCCCUUCACAUCCAGGGUUUUUAUGGGCAGCUUCAGACUUUCUGCCCUCCGCAUUAUGCUGACAGUCAGAAGAACGUACAAGACAGUGUUUCUUGCAGUAUGCUUCCUUCUGUUGACUGCUCAGCUCUCACAUCAGCGGGCCAGGCAGGGCUUGGCAUUUUCCAUCGGAGUUUUCCAGAUCAUUCUGGUAUCAAAGUGUAUGACUUUCCAGCAGGAUCUGUAGGUGUCUUUGGUGAUUCAGCUUGCAGCAUGCCAGAGGACAGCAGUUUCCUACAAGUAAAUGCAGUGGAUCAUUGUUCCAGCCAGCUUUCCUCUGUGUACACUGAAGGCUAAAGUAAUGUAUACCUAGUUCAAAAAACUUGAUCCUGUUUCAUCUUGCCCUUCUGUUAUUUCCCUACAAAUUUUUUUCUCUCCAUGAAACUGCCAUGUAUGUAUGGGGAUAUGACUAGAUAUACAUACAUAAUGGAGAGGAAAAAACAGUUACCAAGCAUUCAUUUAAUCAAGCAGCCAACUGAGAAGGAGAAAGCAAGCUUUGCCAAAACCUUAGCAAUUGUUUCUUUUCUUCUCAUCUGUUGUACAGCAUCUAUACUUUUGAAAUUUUUUCUUCUUUUAAUUUCUCAAAGGGAAUUCAGACACCAAAUAAUAAAACUGGUUGUUGGCUGUAAUCCUUUCAAGCUGAAUGCAUGCACUUCCAGAAGAACACAGCUUUAGAAAAUUCCUUUUCAAAAAGAAAAGAAGCAAAACCAGAGCAUACUACAAACACUUCAAAGGCAUACAGUUUUUGCACAUGUCUUCAUGUUAUAGUUCUAAAGUUUAACACACACCAGUAUCCAAAAGGAAGAGAAAUUAGACAUAUAUGUUGGCACUACUUAUUGGAGGUGUUGGUGUGGCUUCCUUUUGGAGCAAAGGUUGUUGGUAGAUGAUUUCUUACAGGCCUCAGGUUAGGUGUCCUUUCCUUCCCCCUUUAUUUCAAGCCUUACAAUAUGGCUGUUACUGUUUUCCCAGUAUCCAUUCUGACCCUUUAAGCAUGAAUAAGAAGGUUUAAAUAUACAAGAAGUUACGUGGACUUUGUCUCCAUUUAGCAUGUCUGCCAGAUAAGCAUAAAUGCAUUUUAACUUUCAGUUGCUUUUUAAUUAGAUUGUGGAGCAUUGUUGCUGUAUGUGCUAUUGUCUUCUGCAGGAAGGUUUAAAAUAUUUUGUAGGAAAGAUUCUUCCUUAAGUUCCACUUUUUUUUUUUAAAGUUAUCUGUACUGAUUCAAUUAAAUGUUGGUUGUCCUAAUAUUUUUCCAUAACACAUUUUCAGAAAGAAGAUCUGCUCUUAAGUGUACUAAUGUUUCCUUUGGUUACUUCGAGAGAUAAAACUGGACAAGUUUGGUGGUUUUGAUUUUUCUGAUCAAUGGCAGAGUCAAGGUCCUCAAAUUCAGUCCAGGAUGCAAGCAAAUUAGGUUGUCCUUCAUAAAACAUACAAGGUUAUGAGUUAAAACCAGUAUUUUGCAGUGGAGAUUUUAUCACUGUGACCCUGUAUGCCUUGAGAACAACUCUUACAUUAGUAAGACUGAGUUUUUAGAUUUUAAUUCCCGUUCACCCAUUUUGUGGGCUUCUUACUGUGCAGUGUACAUCUUUAUAUUCUCAUGACCUGAAAGAGUAAGGACAGAAAAGCUCAUACUUGUAGGCUGGACCAUAACUAUGCUUUUGAAAUCACUCUUCUAAAAAGAUAAACUUCAAAAAAAAAGGUUUAUGCAAACUUUUUUCUUUUUUUUUUUUCCCCUGGCAAAUUUUUGAUUUGGCUCAAAUUCAUAAUUUAAUCUGCAAUUACGUGGAAUAGAUGAAUAGAUGAAAGUCCAGAUGUUUGUGAACACUGGCAAUCUUUUGAGGUUUGUACUCAUGAACUGUACUCUAGUGUGCAGUCAUGUGCUUAAAUACUCAAUGGAGAGAUUUUCAUCCGAUACAUAGAAUAUAUGGAUAAUCCAUGCACAUAAAUGAAGUACAACGAGAAGUAGUGACUAAAAUACAGCAAAUUCUGUGCUGAGUUCUUCCCCCAUAUAUUCUUCUCACGCCACAAGAGAAUGUGUCCCUCUGCUCCAGCUUGCACUAAGAGGUCUAGUUGUUACCAUAUGUGAUUUGCAUUAAAUGACACCAGGCAUCCUUCACAGCUAUUCAUGUGCAAUCAAAAAGUCCUUUUGCGUAAUGUGCAUUGACCACAAGUUCCGCUUUUUAAUAAAGCUUCAAUUUCGUACUACUUUGAAGCCCAUGCUGUGGUCACUGCGCAAGGAUAACUUGGUUCAGUAGGAAUAAUGAGUCACACUUCAAUUUCAAAUGUGUGGAAUUGUGUUUCAUUCCACCAGAGUCAGCACAUAUGUGUGUACAUAGACAUGUACCUAUAUACUUUCAUAUAUAUAUAUAAAUCCUUCAAAAUUCUUUUAACCACGUGAUUGUCCAGAAUUUGUCCAUUGCUGUUUACAAAACUGAGAUACUGUAGCUGUCUCCCAACCUGUUCUGCUUUUAAACUUUUAAACGUUUUGAAUUUUUUUUUCCUAGUAUCUGAAUGUACAACUUUCUGUAGAGUUAGGGGAUUAUGCAUUUUGAAACAUGCUGACCAAAGGGAAAGGGGGAGUACAGAAUUCAAAAAAGGGCAUUUUUAACUUGGGGGUUCAUCAGUUACAUUUUAAAAAGGAAACUUCUGCAAGUCAUUAAUUCAUUUUUUUCACAUACAUAUAAUACAUAUAUAUUUACAGCCUUCCAUGAGCCUUAAUCCUAAAAAGAAGGCCCUAGAGAACAGUCAAAUCAAGCACAUGAAAUGUGGGCUACCAGUCUGCCUUUGUUUACUUCUCAUUCAGAGACAAAGAGGAUUCUUCACUAUUAUUUCAUUAUUCUCUU